CACCAAAUCCACACCGACUCAAACCCUCUUCAGCGCGGCCGGUCUUUGGGCACGAAUUGCUUCUUGGUGGAUCUAGAUUCGACCGUUUAAACUUCCGGCACAUUUGAUCUCUCGCUUUCUUUUCUCAUUUUGUGAAAUUUACUUUUUCUGCACUGCCUCCCAUCCACCAACUCAUCACACUACCCGCUUCUCUGCCCUCUACACCCCCUCAUUCAAGAUGUGCCGCCAGUACUUUAUGGUCUAUGAAUGGUGCCGGUGUGAAGAAGACGCCGGCCAACAGCUCUGUUCCUCGCGCAACAAUGAGAACAAUUACUGCCCCGAAACGUCCAUUCAGUUGGUCCACAUGCACUGUUUCUGCUACGGACACGCAACUCACGGCUUCAAGUCGGAGCGCAAGUUGCGCAAGCAGGAGCGCAAACAGGAUCGCAAACGCUUCUCAAUGCUGAGCUUUACAGACAAAAGCGACAGGAGCGACAGGAGCGACAGGAGCGAGCCCAGUGCGUCCAGCGAGUCCAGCGAGCAAAGCUUACCGACUCCACGGAAGAAGCGAUGGUCCUUGUUCGCUAGCUUACGGUCGCGGACCUUUUAAGCUGCCUUUGACGUGGCCGAGUGUGUUUUUUGCAAUCGUUUUAUUUUCCUUUGUGAAUUGGGGUAUUCUGUGAAUCAUCAGCACCGGUGUUUGGAUGCAUGGAUCAUCUUUCUCCUUUGGGUGGGUUCGGUUCGGGCGUUUCUCGGGGUUUAUCGUCUUUUUGCUUUUCAUG